UUUCGUCAGGUCUGGAUCGUCUCCGUCUGGUCGACUGGUCUUCAUGAAUCUGAAUUCUGACACAUACCCAAAAAAUGAAGGAGAAAAGAAGCUCCGGAAAGUCGCCAGCCGUACUAACAAAAACAAAACCCUUUUUGCCUACCGUCACUCUCCAAUGUGAACUCGUGGAAGAAAAGCGAGGCCACACCCAUUACUGCUCAAUGCCCACCGUCUUUUUCUUUCAUUUUUAAACAAUAAUUCAGUUCUCCAUCAACCUCCGUCAUCUCCUACACAGCAUUCAAACACAAAGCGCGCCUCCCCUUUCUCUAUCCUUCUCUCUUCCGUCUCUUUUAUUCAAGCUGAUUUUGUUUUUCUUUUUUCAUUUGUUUCUGUUGCUGUUGUAAUUGUUGAAGGUAAUUUGUUAUGGUGGUGGUGGCGGUAGUGAACUAUUGGUGGUGAUUUAAACUAUAACAAACAUAACCCACUUCUCUCGUUCACUCUCUAUACUCUAUUCUCACACUCUGACCAUGAGAGUUUCUUCCUCCUCCUCGUCAUCAUCUACCCCUUCUUUUGAUGCAAAGUUGGGUAAUUCCCACAAUGCCACUAAUGGGUGUCUCUCAGGCAUCUUCCGUCGUCUCCUCUGUUCUGGUGGUCUCCCGACUCGCCCUGCCGAUCACAUUAAAGAGCCAGAUUGCAUUGAGUCGGAUCACCAACAGCAACAGGCCUCGAAGAAGGCCGAGGCUCCAACGGCAGCAAUUCCAGGUAUAGUCGCUAGGCUGAUGGGUCUUGAGUCAUUACCGGAGUUGACUUGGGUUCCUCCAGGGAAGACCGCAGAUUUGAUUGGCCGAAGUAGGUCAGUAAACUAUGCAGGAUACUGGCCAGAAUUCGACCUACCACGGGGGCGCCAUCGACGGGUAAUGACUUCUCUGUCGUUUCGCGAAGCCCCGACGUUCUUACAGCUAGAGAAUGAAGAUUUCUUUCUUCUCAGCUUUCAGAAUGUAAGAGAAACUAAUGAGAUGAGGUUUAAGGGAAGGAAAUCUAACAAGGGUUUCAGUGAAUUGGAGCAGAGGAAAACAGAGAAGAAAGAAAACAACAAGGAGAACAAAAGAGAGAGGGUAGCAGAGAAGAGGAACAAAACAAAGAAGGAAGAUCAAGAGAGCAGAAAAAGGGUUUAUAACGAAAAGAAGAAGGUGGAGAGAAAGAUAUCCGAUAGGAGGACUUUAAGAAAGGUUCGCAUUUCUGACGACAUCAAGAUUCCGGUUUCAACGCCUCCUCACAAGAAGGAUGUGUACCGAAAACCAAAGGCAGUCUCAAACUCCAAGCCGGGAAGUCAAACAAAGCCUAAUAACCACAAAGAAAUUUCUGAAAAAGCAAAAUUUACUAAGAAGAAGAAGAGUGAGUCCGCAACUACGCCUAGGAAAAUUGAAACCCAAUGUGACUCGGAAAAUACCAGCCCGGUUUCUGUUCUUGAUCUCAGUGAUUUUUUAGUCGAUUCUGGAACUCCUUUAUCAGAAGAAGAAUGGAAGCCAAGAGGUUCAAAUUCAAGAAGAAGCCUCACGCCAGAGCUUGCAAAGUCCGACUGUGUAUCUCCUCCACCUUUGGCUUGUAUUAAGAGCUCAGAUUAUUGGGGAUCAGGUCCCUUUGAAGUGAAAACUGAGGAAACAAGGAAGAAUGAUGAUCAGGGGUACUUGGAGUGGUGGGGAGUGAUUAGCAAUUUAGCUGAAAAAGAAAUGAGGUCCUCCAUUUGGGUUUCUAGGGAGAUGUCAAAGUUGGAAGAAGUAGAAGAGAUCGGGAUUGAAUUUGGCAUACAAAUUCUCGAUCAACUUCUCUGCGAGAUUAUAUUCGAAUUUUCUAGGCUUCUUUGAAGAAUUCUGCCCUAAAAUGAUUUCAAGAGACUGAAUAAUUGUGUAUAAAUUCUGCCAAGUCUCUUCUGCAUAUGUAUUUUUCUUGCUCCACCGUUAAGAAUGUGAGCUUAAAUUCCCUGAGAAUCCAUGGCGCCCUGUAAUAGUAGAGAAAAAAAAUCCAGGUUGUAGACCUGGAGUAUAAGCGUAAAAAGAUUUGAAGAAAUUUCUAAUUAC